AUUGUGAGUGAUUUAAUUAAUUAUCAAACAUGCAUUUAUUUUGAUUAAUGAACAAUUACACUGUCUAUUGGGUUUGAUCGCUGUUAGCGGUUAUUUGUCGAAGUAGAGCGUAAAGUUCUGUGAAGUACACGCGUAAGCACUUUGAGAGACAAAAUCGACACCUGUGUAUAUGUAAUUGACAUUGUUUGCACAGUCGCCAUCCGAUGUGUAUUUUUUUUUUUUUCGCGACCAUGACAAAACCGUACACCGAUGAUAAGAAAAGAACGUUUCGAGUUUCACAUGUGUGUCUCGGGUGAUUGUGAAUGUGGUACUUGGGGGUCUGGUGUCUGUGGGGCAUUGAAGUUUAUUCAUGUAGUGGAUAGACAACCCGUUGUCGUACGUCUGUUCUUACCUGGAAUGUUAAUUAGUCGAUAGGGGAAAGGUUCACAUGUGUUUUAAUACGUGAUGUCAGAGGAUCGUAGAUAACGCGAGAGCAUCGACGAUAUGGGGUGCGGCGUAACGUCGUCAUCAAACUGGACGGAAGAUCAGAAAGCAUCGUCUACACCAGCGGUCCAAGACUCUGAACGGAAUUUCCGCUACAGUGGAACAGACGAGGAACUCUGACAAGUGACGAACCCCCUUUCCCGAACAAGAAAAGUUGAAAAAAUAUCUUGCCCCUCCCCCCCUCUCCCCCUCCUCGCUUCAUAACUUAAGGUUCUGCAGUGCUCCAGUUAUCCAAUGGUGAUGACAGUGUGAUAGUGAGGAUUAGUGAUAAAGAAAAAGUAAAAGAGGAAUAAGUGGUUUAAGUGUAUCCAACGCGAGUACAAAAAUAAAAAAAAAAAAACAACCUGAAGGAUCAAUGAAAAAGCAGAAAUUCCAGUGUAAAUUUUUUGGUGAUUUUAGUGUACGUGUUUGUGUACAGUGUUAAACGAAAGAAAAAUAACGAUAAAAUUGAGUGAAAAAAAGGGGAAACGUGUGAAUACUGGUGGAUAGUACAGUAGCAUGAGUUCGUAUUUUGCGAAUUCGUAUAUUCCGGACCUGCGCAAUGGCGGGGUGGAUCAUCCCCAUCAGCAUCAGCAGCAUUAUGGGGCUGCAGUGCAGGUGCCCCAGCAGGGCCAGAGUGUUCAACAGCAGCCACAGCAGGCAGCUGAUCCCUGUGAUCCAAGUAUGCUCAGACAAGGUGUACCAGCCCACCAUUACGGUGCAGGAGGUACCCAACAAGGUAUACCCUAUCCAAGAUUUCCACCCUACGACAGAAUGGACAUACGAAAUGCCGCGUAUUACCAGCAACAGCAGGACCACGGGAGUCUCGAUGGAAUGGGUGGAUACAGAUCAACAUCACCUGGAUCGGGUAUGGCCCACAUGGGUCACACACCAACGCCAAAUGGUCACCCAUCAACGCCAAUUGUCUAUGCGAGUUGCAAGCUCCAGGCGGCGGCGGUGGAUCACCAGGGUAGUGUUCUCGAUGGUGCGGAAACACCGCCCCUCGUUGACACUCAGAUGCACCACCAAAUGCAUGCACAGCAUCCCCACAUGCAGGCCCAACAGCCUCAGGCACACCAGCAACCACAGCCGCAGCAUCAGCAUAUGCAGGCACAACAGCAGCACAUGAUGUAUCAGCAGCAACAGCAACAGCCAAACAAUCAGACACAAGGUGGGAUGUUGCCACAGCAACAGGCACAGGCGCAGCAACAUCAGGGUGUUGUUGCGUCGCCGAUUGGACAGCAACAGCAGGGCCCUCCACAGGCCUCUGGCAAUUCCAAUCUACCAAGUCCACUCUAUCCUUGGAUGAGGAGUCAAUUUGAGAGGAAAAGAGGACGGCAAACCUACACGCGUUACCAGACCCUAGAGCUGGAGAAGGAGUUCCACUUCAACAGAUAUCUGACAAGGCGGCGGCGUAUCGAGAUCGCCCACGCCCUGUGUCUCACCGAGCGACAGAUUAAAAUAUGGUUUCAAAACAGACGAAUGAAGUGGAAGAAGGAGAACAAGACGAAGGGUGAGCCAGGCUCGGGCGACGGUGAUACCGACAUCUCGCCGCAGACAUCGCCGCAGGGUUGAGAGCCUCAAUGAAGAGUUCGAGGUCUUCCAAAGAGCUUCUCAUCUCUCAGGGUCCCACGCGAACCUUGUCUCCAGCACUACCUCCAAUUUCCCAUGCCCCAACCUACCCCAUUACCCUCAGUCGAUAAAAAAAGCCCUGAGCUCCCUGACUUACCAACCCCCCACCCUUAACCCCCGUCCCGUCCCCUCGCUCCACAAAUGAAUGAUCUCCCACGCGAUAUGACCUCCAAAUGACCCCUCAGCAAUGACGCUUAUCUUGUCGUGUUAAUUCAAGUUGCUCGUACCAAAAAGAUGACAAAGAAAAUGAGAAAUACAUAAAAAUGUGUGAAGAUUUAAACAAUACGGAGUUGGCCGAGAGUUCGUGGACGAUAGAGAGAAUGAAAUUAAUGAGGCGAAUGAAGUCACGGGAAUGCGCAAUUUCAUAAGGAUUACAAAAAAUGAAUUUAAAUGAAAAAAAUGGUAAAAAAAAAAACGUUUAAGUGAAUUUUAGGAUGAUGGAUUUAAAUUGCAAAUGCGAUAUUUGAAACUAAAACUGGAUCACAUGCUAAUCAGAACCGCGUUAACCUCUAUUACGUUUAAUCGAAAUGUAAUUUACGAAAGCCUAUAUAUAGAGAUAAUGAGAAAAAUAUACGUAACUUAAAGGAAUGAAUUUGUGGGAGGAUGAGAGAUUGAAUAACGAAUGGAUGACGUGAGUUUGGAUAAUAAUUAUGGUGCGAUUCAGUGAAAGAAUAGUGUGAGUAUGAAAAAUUGUGGGUAAUUAUUAUAGAGGAUGCGUUUCUAUUAUUUAUUCUCUUACGUCGUACAUAAAAAACACAAAUUGAAUAAAUAAAUAAUUACGUAGAAAUGCGUAUUAGGCGUUUUUUGCUCGUGUAGAUGAUGGUUAUCUAUUGCGUCUCUAUUAGCGAUAGAUGAGCGUUGUAGUCUUUUAGGGAUGAUGAGAGAUAAAAAAUCGUUUAGAUAGAUUUUAUUUACAAAACCGCGACGGCUCGGCGAGGGUAAAGCAAGGAUAACUGAUGAUUCGUGCCAAUGGUGUUCCAAAUAUUUCGAUUCAGUGAAAAAGUUUUAUUUGAUAUUAAAAAUAAAAGAAGUGAGUGUAACCCAGUGAUUUAUUUAAAAUAUGGUGGAGGGAUCCGGCGUUCGUCCUGUUCGUCAGCCUCAUCAGACAAGGUCAGUCCUGCUUUUUUUUUUUUUCUUAAAUCAGGUCCAAUGUCUUGUGUUUUCAAUCGAUGGGAAUUCAGUGCUCGUGCCCGCUGCAAAUUCUGUAAAUAAUUGGAAUAUUAAAGUUUACCCCAGCUCUGCAGACGCGAGGCCAAGUUACCAGUGACGUAAUGUAGAUUUUUUGAUAAUAAGAAUGCGGGUGUGAAAGCGCGUGACAAUUCUCAGGUGACAAGCCCCAACGACUGGGCUAUUUACGUUUUCAUUACGAUAUUUUUAACCCGGUGACUUACUAAAUUGAAAAAUCAAUGAGAAUCAACGCGAGUCGUUGGGCGCUAGUCCAAAUAUGUUUUGGAGCUCACGAGCUCGAAUUUUCGUCGCCGUCCUCGAUAAAUAUAUUGGCGUGCGAAAUUAACAACCAGAGAUUCAAUUGAAAUCGAUGUAUUUUAUUAAUGAAAAAUUAAUUGACUUGCCGACUAGCUCUGAAACAUUGUCGCAAGUGUCAGGCGCUUUCUCGAGUUGCGUGUGAAAAUAAAAAAAAAACAUCGACUUCCCAGGACCAAAGUGAAAGAUAAAGACAAUUGAUAAAAAAGAAAAUCUCCCCGGAAGCCGAAGUACGAGAGAAUAACAAAAAUCCGCCGCGGCGAUUUAUGUGCUGUGUUGUUACAUUAGUUUCUCGACACUUAGUUUCUAUUAGUUAUGGAAUAAUUACACGAUAUACGUAAUGACGAGGAUAAUAGACAAAAGUGUGAGGAAUGUGAAGAACGAUAUACGUAAUGACAUGGUCCAACUCAUUUUUGAGUCCGACUGGCCUUUCUUUCGAGAGAUUUAUUUAUGUAAAAAUUAUGAAGAUUCGAUAAUGUAAAAAAAAUCAUCGGCGCUAUCGCUCGUUGCAACUGAAGCUGUUCAUCUGGAGAGAAUAAUCAUUUGGGGAGAUAAAUAAAAUUCAUGGGAUGAUAAAGUUAUAAAUCAUUUGCAUCGAGUCUGUAAUGAGAUAUCCAUAUGCAUACGAUCGAGGGACUGAACAUUCUAGUUCAUAAAUCAUGUUUAAUUUUCCGGAUUCUUCUCUCCUGUUGAAUUUUGAGGAUUGAAGAGAUGGAAAAGUCAUCGACCGUUAACAGAUAUUUGAUAACAUCUCCGAAAUUGAUGGGAUUAUUGAGCAGAGGGCGCGGUUUAGACGGAGGAACAAUCCACAACCUUCACGCCAUCAUUGUAUUUACAAGACAAUUGUUCCAUCACUUUUAAUUUAUAUCUUUAUUACGGGUUUCUCUUUCGAUGCUAACCGGAUUUUCCCGUUGCAGGGAGCGAUUCCUCCGUUAAUAUACAAUUAUAGAAGACAGUUUGUACACAAGUGAAUGGCUGAGAAGUUUUUUCAAUGUAAAUUUAUAUAUUUCGUCUCGAAUGAAGAAAGGAAUGUCACGUGAAUAAUUAAAAUCAACCGAUCGGUGAAUUUUUUGUCGAGAUAUUCGGCUGAGGAUUAGGGAAAAGGCGUGUCGGUCGUUGCAGCGGGCGGGGGCGGUGGUGAAAUUCGAUCGUUCUAACAUUCACUAUCUCUCAUUUUUUUUUUCACUCCCAUGAUUACAGGAUGGAAGGGAAAAAAAAAUAGAGAACACGGAAUGGCCCCGAACAGGAGAAAAAGGUCGACCGUACGGUUUUUACCGCGGAGCUGUACAUAAUUCAUAUUUUACUUGAGAUUGUAUAGAACCAACUCUCGAAAUCCGUGAAGUAAUGAAUGAAAACUAUAAUGGGUGUUAAAUAAUUAUCAGCCAACCCCGUAAUAUUAUUUAGUUACGUAAUAUUUAUUAGUAUGAUGUUAUAGUUUAAUGUGAGCCUUCAUUUAUUUUGUUUUUACCGAAGAUCUAAUGGAUAUUUUUUACGAAAGAAAAAAAAAACGUGAAGAAGAAUAUAUGCGUACUUAUAGAUAGUCCGAAAUGUGCAAAAAAAAAAAAUUAAAUAAAUUUUUCGUUUUCUCUCAUUUUUAUUUCCGUCGUCCUUUAUUUUACACUAAAAUCGACUUGCCAAAAGUAUAAUUAAAUCAAUUGAAAAUUGUCCAAAUCCAAAAUCUGUAUAAAAUGCAUCGGAAGUGGAUUAACGUUUUAUUUUUUCAAUUUGUUUAUAAUUAUGCAGAUGAUUAUUAUUUUCAUCGUAAUGAUGCCACGUCCUCGCUCGCGCAAAACGUCCAAGAGUUCCUGGCCUUUCUGUCGCCCCUCAAACCGCCACAACCUGUUGAAGUGAGAAAAAAAAAAUAUUUACAACAAUUUCACCUUUUGAAUUACGAAAUAAUUGUAUCCAAUAUUUUUUAACUAUUCGAUAUCGGCAGGGCAAUGUGAAAGGCGACGUCUGACGUCGUCCCACCGAAUUCGCAAGACCCGCGUCUCAGUAUACGAUACCGCGUAGGUAAAGUAGGUACCUGUUAAUUAGAAAAUAAAUGAAAAAUAAUAAAAAAAAGAGCAGUAGAGAGAGAGCGAGGUGUAACGAUAGCAACUAUUUAUUACGAGACUAACAUAAACGAAAAAAUGUACUCCAAGUACAAACCUGCGCGGAUUUUGAUAUUAAAAGGGCACAUGGAGGUGUCAGGAAGGGUGGGAAUGACAGCCAUUUGUACUCGAACUUCUGGACCGUAGAAUAACCAAAAUGUUAUUUCUUUCCCUAGUGUUAAAUGAGAUGACAAUAUACGUAACUAGAGCCGCAAGUUGUAAUUGUGACUGAUAUUUUAUUUCAUUCCAGCCUAGAGCCAUUUUGUCCGACUUCCGCUCAAUUUUCCCGAAAUCACUGAUACUUUUUUACCCAAAAAUUUGAUAGCCCCCGAUAACCAAAACAAAAAUAGAGAAUGAGAAUUGCUCAGACUCGUGACGCACAGGGUGUGGCUCAAGGUCAUGAUAUUGAACGGUAACAUGACCUGUCGAACGUUGUCACAUCGUUGGCAUUCAAUCCACGUGUGGGAUUAGUUUAUCCACUCAUCAGUCUCUCGGGAUCAAGAGCAACUCUCUAUUUCCAUAACAAAUGUGAAGAGCAUUGCCCGGCCGAACAUAACCUGUACAUAAACCCGUGCAAUGAGAAAAAAUAAAAUGUCCAAAUCGGAGGUGACGAGGCGAAAAAAAAAAGGCGAUAAAAUCUUCCUGAAGAAAUAUCGGCGAUACCUAAACCGAGGAAAACUGAAUAUAUGAGAUAUAUGAGAUAUAUAAAGCUAUAUAUAUGCACCCCGAGUCCAUAUAUAUACGCGUUAUAUAUACCAGUAUAAAUAUUAGUCCUAUUUACGAUUGCAAGUAAACGAGUAAACGUAUAUAAUUAUUUUGUAGUGUCCCCGCAAGUAUGUAAACUAUAUGUACACUGUUAAAGAGAUACAAAAAAAAUCGAGUGAGACGGUGACAACUGCAACAACCACUACAACGAGUACGAAGUAAGCGAGAUGUAUGCAAACAAAAGAAAAAAAAAAACAUUAAAAUAAAAUCGGUGGAUACACGAGCGAAUGACUAAGCGGAGUCUGACUUCGUCAACAAAAUGAAGAAAUAAAACUUAAAGCUGAGAAAAUAAUGCGUGGACGAUAAAAGAUAAUAGUAUUACUGGCUAUUACGUCGAUGAGUCUAAAAACCAUAUUGUAUUAUAUAUAAGAGUCUGUCCAUAUUAAUAAUAACGAUAUUAAUUAUAAUAACUGUGUUUGGAAACGAGAAAUAAAUUGUGGUUGAAUAUGA